AUGGUUCGCUUCUUUUCCUCGAAGAAGGCAGUUGACUCCAAGGGCCAGGCCUGCGAGGCCGUUCCCAAGGAAGUUGAAGAGUCUGUUCGGGCCCUCGAAGAUUUCGAAAUCGAGCUCGACUACAUCGCUGACGACUAUGUCGAGAUCAUCGACCAUGCCGCCCCCAAGCGCCCUCGUGCUGUCUGGAAGGAUACCAAAGAGGUUGACAACCAAGGCUUCAUCAUCGUCAUGAAGGACACUGAGGUCAAGGCCAUCAUGAAGCAUACUAAGGGAAAGGCUAAGCUCACUGAAAACUCUAAUGAACCCACACUGCGCUUUGCGAUAAAUCACACGGCUGCUUAUUAUAAUGUUGUUAUUAUUCCAUCCCGUGUCGCUUACAAUGCCCUUGUUCAGGCAGUUCCUCGGAUGACACCGAAUCGUCAAUGCACCCAACAAGAGAGGUUUCACCAGCAGCCUUUUAAGUAA